UCAAACCCAAACUCGUACUUUGAGAACCAAUUUGCCAGAAGCAAAUCCAAAGAAGAAGAAGAGCAUGUCAGCGAUUCAAACAGCGAUUCGGAGGUUCCACGCCACCGCAAAUGCUCCGAGGCUCACCAGAUUCUCCCUCCACGCGCCCAAAUGUGUAGAGGUGGAGUUUGGAAAUGGAAAUGUUUUCAAUUUGUCAGCUGAGUUUCUGAGAAUCCACAGCCCAGCUGUUGAUGCCAAGAUUAGGUCAAUUGCUGGUGAAAAGGUGAUAUCUGGGCGGCGUCACGUCGGAAUCAUGUCUGCGGAACCUGUAGGAAACUAUGGGGUAAGGAUUGUUUUCGAUGACUUACACAACACCGGAAUCUAUUCGUGGGAUUACUUGUAUCACUUGGGAAGCAACAAAUUCAGCCUCAUGAGAAAUUAUAUCAAAACGCUCAACAAGUACGGGCUCAGGCGCGAUCCACCUAGAAGAAAAUGAUUCAGGCUUUUGUUCCCUUGCUCUUGAUUUCAAACGAUGACCACCAAUCAACCUUUCCAGCCUGUCUGUAACCGGAGCAUGGCCGGAUAAUAUGGGGCACGGUUUAGUUUCGAGUUCAUUGCGUAGACCUAAAGGCUUACGGAGGAGCUGCAUUGAACGUCAUUGCCAUUUAUUGUUUGUUUGCUUGCACUGUAAUCUAAUGCAAUUGCAAUGUACAUGUAAACUAGUUGGCCUGGCUAUACGUCGAAUCUUUGCGCCAAUGUUUGAGCGGAUUGAAAACAAUUUAUUUGUUGAAGAAAAGCAUUUUAAGCUUCUUUCUAAG